GAACCCGGAAGAAGUCCCACAUGAGCGGAUAGUCUUUUCCACACGUGAGAAAGCAGCCCCAAAACACACACCAGCUACUAAAACAUGGAUUUUACAGAAGUUCCUGUGGACCAGGGCCGCAAAAGUAAGAAAAAGAACAAGAAAGCUCCUAUGAAAGACUUGAAGAUGGAGGAAGAGAGCAGCGGAGUGGAGAAGCUCGAGCCAGGGACGACGUUUCCCCCAACAUUUAGUGUGUCUGAAAUCAAGAACAAACAGAGAAGACAUCAAAUGUUCAUGAAGUUAAAGCAGGAGAAAAGAAAGCAAAAAAUGCAACUAAAGAAGAAGAGGAGGAAAGAAAGAGAAGCUUUGGGUGACAAGGCUCCACCAAAGGAGGUCCCCAAAACAAUAGAGAACCAGAGGGUCUUUGAUGAGACGACAGUCGACCCAGAAGACGAAGAGAUUGCAUUUGAUGAAGGAACUGAUGAGUUUUCUGCAUAUUUCAAUGGGCUGACAAAUCCCAAAGUGCUCAUCACAACAUCAGACAGACCCAGAGGGAGAGUGGUGAAGUUUUGUGAGCAGCUGGCUACAGUCAUCCCAAACGCCCAUGUUUACUACAGAAGAGGUUUGGCCCUGAAGAGGAUCAUUCCUCAGUGCAUCGCCAGGGACUUCACCUACCUGAUCGUCAUCAACCAGGAUCGACAAACACCCAAUGGCUUGGUUCUCUGUCAUCUCCCUGAUGGGCCAACGGCACACUUUAAAGUCAGCAGUGUUCGGCUACAGAAAGAGUUGAAGAGACGAGGUAAAGCCCCAACUGAACACUCUCCGGAGGUCAUCCUCAAUAAUUUCUCCACACGCCUGGGACACACCAUCGGCCGGCUGUUCGCUGCUCUCUUCCCACAGAACCCUCAGUUUGUGGGCCGACAAGUUGCCACUUUUCACAACCAGAGAGACUUCAUCUUUUUCAGAUUCCACAGGUACAUCUUCAAGAAUGAGAAAAAGGUUGGCAUUCAGGAGCUGGGGCCGCGCUUCACUCUCAAACUUCGAUCUCUUCAAAAGGGCACCUUUGACUCAAAGUAUGGGGAGUUUGAAUGGGUGCUGAAGCGCCAUGAAAUGGAUGCCUGCAGACGGAAGUUCCAGCUCUGAGUUUGCAACAGACAAGGAUGUCGUUUCAUCUUCAAGUUAAUUGUGGACUUGUACAAAAUAACUUUAGAAAAUCCCAGAUUGAGUAACAGCUGUGACGAGCUACAACUUUCACCUCCCCUCUUGGUUGUUUUUUAAUGUGUUAAUAUUUGAUUCGGUGUUGCUGAAACAUUUAGGUUCACAGUGCUUGUCUGGCUUCACCUUUUGUCUCAACAUAACUCAGUAGGGUUGAGGUAAAAGCUCCUGGAUGGGAUGAUGUCAUAGUCUUUUGAAAACAUUCAAGUGAAAUUUACUACAGGUUCUAACAUCUAGAACAACCUAUCCAUGUUGUGAAAAUGUAGAUAUGUAGAUUUUUUUAAAGCUCAAUACUAUGAUCCCCAUGGCAACAGGUAAAUAUAAGGCUAAUCCACCAGAGCUUGUCCUGACAAAUCCUGAUGUUUAUCUAAAACAAGUGGAGGAAUAUUUCUAACCUGAUGAGGGAAAAGGGACUGCAACAGAAGAUAACUGCUCAAACACUCAUUUUGUGACCAUUCUUGGGAAAGGACGACGUGUUGCUACAAGUCUAAAAUGAGAAAACAUUUAUUUUUAAUCAGUUGUGAAAAAUGUACAUGAAGAAGGCACGUGUGAGUUCAGGCAACUUAGUUCUAUGCAAGAAGGCUAAAACAUCUUUUCUCACAGGAAGUUAUUCUGCAGUAGAUUUUACCAAAAAAAAAAAAAAAGGUGAAAUGUACUUAAAAAGCUUAAGUUAGUUGUUCUCUGGCCCAGAUUUCCCAAACACUCCUGAGACUACUCCAGUCCGUGCAGCACCACAUCUUCAAAGGUCUGGAAAAGAAAAUGUCAGAUUGGUUGAGACUACAUUUAAUGAUUUACUGUAACAAAAAUGAAAUUCUAAUACAAUAAAUUCCUUUUAAGAGGCCACUUUAAUGGCUAAGUAGC